AUAGCAUCCCCGCGCAUGGGCCAGGAGAUCUCGAGCGUCGCCGAGCACGGUCGGUUAUUCGUCAGUCAAUUCACCGACACCGGAACCAGCAGCAACAUGAGCGUGAAGAUCGGCAUCAACGGAUUUGGGCGCAUUGGCCGCCUUGUGCUGCGUGCCGCACUCACCAAGGGCGUUGAGGUCGUGGCUGUCAACGAUCCUUUCAUUGAUGUCAAGUACAUGGUGUACAUGUUCAAGUAUGAUUCAACCCACGGCCGCUUCCAAGGCGACGUCCACGAGGAGGGAGGCAUGCUUGUGGUGAACGGCCACAAGAUUCACGUCUUCCAGGAGAUGAAGCCCGCCAGCAUUCCUUGGGGCAAGGUUGGCGCCGAGUUUGUGGUGGAGUCCACCGGCGUCUUCACCACCCUGGAGAAGGCUCAGCUGCACAUUGAUGGUGGAGCCACCCGGGUGGUCAUCUCUGCUCCAUCUGCGGAUGCGCCCAUGUUUGUGAUGGGCGUCAACCACACCACCUACAAUCCAAGCAUGAAGAUUGUGAGCAACGCUUCUUGCACCACCAACUGCCUGGCCCCCCUGGCCAAGGUCAUCAAUGACAACUUUGGCAUUGUCGAGGGCCUCAUGUCGACCGUCCAUGCCACCACGGCCACCCAGAAGACUGUGGAUGGACCGAGCCACAAGGCGUGGCGUGACGGCCGUGGUGCCGCCCAGAACAUCAUCCCAGCCUCAACGGGAGCUGCCAAGGCUGUGGGCAAGGUGAUCCCCGAACUGAAUGGCAAGCUGACCGGCAUGGCUUUCCGUGUGCCAACUCCGGACGUCUCGGUCGUUGAUCUGACCUGCCGCCUCGCCAAGGAGGCUACCUACGACGAGAUCAAGGCAGUGGUCAAGGCUGCCUCCCUCAGUGACCACUGGAAGGGAAUCCUUGGAUACACUGAAGAUGAGGUUGUGUCAACUGACUUCCUCGGGGACUCCCACAGCAGCAUCUUUGAUGCCAAGGCUGGCAUCGCCCUUUCCAAGACCUUUGUCAAGCUUUUUCCAGGUACUGACAACGAGUAUGGCUACAGCAACCGUGUGGUUGACCUGAUCAAGUACAUGAAGUCCAGGGGCUGAAGGCGCUGCCGCCGCCAGCGGAAGGCGGCAUGCCAGCAGAGUUACACCAGGAAUUCUCGCUGCUGGCUGCCGACCCUGCUGCCAGCAGCAUUGCUGCUUUCCCGAGUUAGCCAUAGCCAAGCCCUGUGUGUCUGUCCAACAGCCGGUUACCAACAUGUUCCUCCCUCUCGCCACUACCCACUGUAGUGCCUCUCGUGGUGUCGUAAAAGUCUCUAAAAUAAAACUC